AAUACCAAAAUCCUUGUCCCAGUUUCACCUUCUUCUUUUAUUGCAAUUUCCAAAAGAGCCAUUCGUUGAUUCUCUUUUCGGCCAUUUAAGUUUACAAUAAAAUUGGUGAAGUCCUCACGUUCUGUGAAAGGCAUGUGAAGUUCACUGACAAAACCCCCAAAAAUCAGUGUCGGCGUUUCUUUACCUUUUCCCCCUCACUCUCCCUCGUGAAUCGUUCCCUACUAAUACUAACAUUUCCCACUAAAAGGGAAGAACAAGAGCCAAAGCCAUGAGACCUUCGUCUCUUCUCAUUAUUAUCUUCUCUCUCCCUUUGGUUCAAUCCAGUUACCUUAACUACUCCGACGCAUUGUCGAAAUCGAUUCUCUUUUUCGAGGGGCAACGGUCGGGGUUUUUGCCGGAAAACCAACGUGUAGGAUGGAGGGGUAAUUCGGGACUGAGUGAUGGGUGGAUGUACAACACGGACUUGACCGGCGGAUACUACGACGCCGGUGACAACGUUAAGUUCGGGUUUCCGAUGGCGUUUACCACGACGAUGCUGGCGUGGUGUGUGAUCGAGUUCGGAGAUUUAAUGCCGUCGAAUGAGCUGGGAAAUGCGCUUGUGGCGAUUCGUUGGGCCACUGAUUAUUUACUCAAAACCGUGUCUCAGCCUAACAGGAUUUUCGUCCAGGUUGGGGAUCCAAACAUAGACCAUAGCUGUUGGGAAAGACCGGAGGAUAUGGACACCGCCAGGACCGUUUACGCCGUGGAUGCACCGAACCCUGCUUCGGAUGUGGCUGGUGAGACGGCGGCCGCUCUUGCGGCUUCAUCCAUGGCGUUUAGAUCAGUAGACCCGGGAUAUGCGGAUACGUUGUUACGGAAUGCUGUUCAGGCUUUCCAUUUUGCCGACAAUUUCAGAGGUGCUUAUAGUGACAAUUCUAACAUUAGGGAUGGCGCCUGCCCUUUUUACUGUGACUUUAGCGGAUAUCAAGAUGAAUUGCUGUGGGGAGCAGCAUGGUUAAGAAAGGCUUCCCAAGACAACUCAUACCUUAGUUACUUGGAAAACAAUGGCAAAACCCUGGGUGCUGGUGACAAUAUUAAUGAAUUCGGUUGGGACAACAAGCAUGCUGGACUAAACGUUCUAGUCUCCAAGGAAGUGCUAGAGGGAAACAUGUACACUCUUGAGUCAUAUAAAGCCUCAGCCGAUAGCUUCAUGUGCACAUUAAUCCCUGAUUCGUCUUCAUCCCAUAUCGAGUACACCCCUGGUGGCCUCAUCUACAAGCCGGGAGGCAGCAACUUACAACACGCAACCACAAUCUCAUUCAUCCUCCUCGUUUAUGCUAAAUACCUGGAUCGGACCUCCCAAACCGUCAACUGUGGGAAUGAAUUUGUCUCUCCGGUUACGCUUCGCAUGCAGGCAAAGAAGCAGGUUGAUUACAUUUUAGGUGAAAAUCCAAUGGGAUUAUCGUACAUGGUAGGUUAUAGCAACUAUUUCCCGCAACGGAUUCAUCACCGUAGCUCAUCGUUACCGUCGGUAAAAGAUCACCCUGAGUUCAUUGGCUGCAAGGAAGGUUCUAGUUAUUUUAACUCGACGGAUCCUAACCCGAAUGUUUUGGUUGGGGCUAUGGGAGGGCCUGGAGAAGAUGAUGUUUAUGGAGAUGAUAGAGGUGAUUUUAGGCAAUCAGAGCCGACUACUUACAUCAAUGCACCAUUUGUUGGUGUGCUGGCUUAUUUUGCAGCCAAUCCCAAUCCUAGUUAACCACCAAAUCCGACUAGAUUUUGUACCAUAUUCCAUCAUUUUUUAAAGAAAAAAAGAUAGAAAAUGGUGUCUCCCAUCUUGAGUGAGGCAAAAGAGGGAAGAGGCUAAAUUGGUUCAUGAUCUUUGUGUUAAAUAUUGAAUCACAUCUCCUUGUGAUUCUUUUA